CUCGUUCUUUAUUAUCUUGACCGUUACAAUACAUUCGCAAAAGACACAAAUAUACACACGUUCAACGACAAAUACCCCACGAUACCGCUUCGUCAGCAGACAAGUAUUCGGAUUGGGUUGCGGUUGCGUGGUCAUCCGAAUCCAUCCGCGACGUCGUCAGCCUUGCAAAAGCACGACUCGCGAACAUCCCUACGUCUAUCCAUCACAUUGCUGCAAACAGCCUAGCCCAACAUUGUGGCAUAUCCGGAAUUCGUUCUUUUUACAUCCAAAAGAGUAUCACCAAGAUGAUACAUAUCACCUCUAGAAUCGUGUGUGUAGGAUUCCUCGUGGGGCUAUCGAUAGCAUCAGGAUCGGCCUUUGCACCGCUGAAGACAAGGUACCAGCCUCGUAUUGCGCCGGCACGGCAACACGUGUGGACGACGACGUCGACACCAACGAUUCGGUUUUCUAGUUGGGUAUUGGCGUACGAUGCAAUGGAGUCAUACCAAUGGAAGUUUAGUGCCAACAAUACAUUCGGGUUUCGCGAUGACGGCAUUACAGUCGAGCGCCUCACACCGCCAGCAACCAUGGUAUGGGAUCGUCCAACCACUACCGACGUGGCCCAGAGAAGGAAAAGACCAGCCCCUGUAAAACAAGAUUCCCGAGAAUUCCGCGUCUUUUGCGAUUUGGAUGGAGUCUUGGUUGAUUUCGAAUCUGGCAUUCGCCGGGUCUUUCCUAACGAACCCAACAUUCAUCACGUUACCGAUGUUCGUCGGGUUGAUAUGUGGCGCCGCUUGGAAGCGUCGGGACCUUUUUUCGAAACGUUGCCGUGGACGAACCAGGGCAAGGCCUUGUGGAAGCUGAUACAGCCCCUGCGGCCGGAUAUCCUCACGGGAGUACCGGCGCACCAGUCCUCGCGCACCGAAAAGUACGCCUGGUGUGCCCGCGAACUGGGCAUUCCGGUCGAACACGUCGAUCGCGCCGGGCGUUUUCAUUCUCAUUCGCCGUCACCGACGAUAAUGUCACGUAAAGGUAACAUCAACCAAGUCGAAGACGACGACUCACCGAGGAGUUGCCGGGUCAUAACAUGCUGGUCCUUCAAUAAGCACUACGAAAGUGGACCCAACGCGGUCCUCAUUGAUGAUCGGGAAUCUCUACGGGAGGCUUGGGAACGAAAGGGCGGUAUUUUUAUUCAUCACGAUGGAAGUUUGCACCGGACGGUGGCACAGCUCGUUGAUCAUGGAAUCCUGACUCCGGAGCAAAUACCACACGAUAUUGGCGUUGCGUGGGAGGACGACGACGAAAACGUCUUGCGUCCGUAA